AAAGUGAGGCGAUUUUAAAAAUAAGUUGUUAUUUAAGAAAUCUCAAAUUUGAAUGACUAAUGAUGAAGGGUUGCAGCGUCAGCUGCUUCAAGAAUUGCAAAAACAACGAUUCCAACAGUUGGGUCAUCAGUUAACUUCAAUCUGUUGGGAUAAAUGUGUUACGAAAUUAAGUAAUUCACUUGACUCUAGAACUGAGAGUUGUAUAGUCAAUUGUGUAGAGCGUUACAUUGAUGUUUCCGGUGCACUUACUCGUCGUCAGAAUGAAACACGUUUAGGAUUUAUGGAUGUACAACCUAAUGAUUAGUUAAUAAAGAUAUAUCGAUUGCAAAUUUCUUUCUUCUCGAUUCAAACCUUUGAUUUUUUCCAAAAUAAUUCAUUGACCUGACUUAUAUUUCAGAUGAUUAAUUUCCCCUCAAUACGUCUGCUUAAAUGCACUGUUGGAUCUGCAUUUUGUUCAGUGCCGUUUUCACGUUUAUUAUCAAAUACAACUACUUAUCCGGAGUAUGGAAUCACAAAUAUUCAAGAUGAUAGUGAUUUUGACAAACGUGUAUUAAAUAAUUCAGCACCCGUCAUUGUUGACUUUCAUGCUAAAUGGUGUGGACCUUGUAAAAUUUUAGGUCCAAGGUUGGAAAAUAUAAUGAAAUCGUAUAUGAAUUCUGUGCUACUCGCUAAAGUUGAUGUCGAUCAGUUAGAUACUGUUGCCGAAAAAUAUAAGAUUAAAGUUGUUCCAACUGUGAUUUCCAUCAAAAAUGGCAAAGAAAUUGAACGUUUUGAAGGAGCCAAAGAAGAGGAGUUCAUUAGACGUAAAAUAGAAUAUGUAUUAGCGCAUAAUGGUUAGACGCGACAAUUCAAUAUAAUAACGUUUGAAUUGAUAAUUUUCUUCAACUAAUCAACCAAUUAAUAGAUUUCCUAUUGUUCCCUUGUUAAAUAUUUUAGGAUGUUUCUAUGUGCAUUUCUUAAAAUGUAUGAUUGUUAUAUAUGAAACUGGUUGCAUUAAGUUUAAGUGUAACUAUACUUGAUCAUUAUUGUGUGCUUUUUGUUUCCUGUAAUUGAAUGAUAUCUUCAAACUAGUCAUAGUUUAAUGAAUGAAAAAUUAUUG